CUUAUGAUUUGCAAAUCACUUGGUUUAUUUUUGUUUAAAUUUUCUAUUUCCACUAUGUAGAUAAUAAAGCCAAUAAAAAAGCAACACAGAAAUUAUCAUAUAUCUGUGUUGAAGAUAUUUGGCAAAAGUAAAUCUAAAUUGGGCAUAAAUUUCCUAUUCAUAAGGACUUAUAUUAAAUCAGUUUAGAGACAUACAAUCUUUUUUAUUAUUACCACUCAUUAUAAUCGUAUUUUAAAUAAAUUCAACUUCUAAUGGAAAAAUGGAUAUAAUUGUAUUUAAUAAAGCUUAUGA